AUGAAAGGCACGAUAGCAGUAGAAGAGGCGAUUAUCGACCAGGCCGGCGUCGAGGCACAUUCAUUCGCACAAUUUCAAAAUCUCAUGCGUCCAGGCAGCGACCCGACCACGGGACUUUCAGCACACGAAAAGCGACUCUUGGACAUCCAUGGCGAACGCCUGAAGAGCAUGGACGAACACGGUGUCGAGUACAUGCUUCUCUCGCUUACAUCACCAGGCGCGCAAGGCGAAGCAGAUCCAGGAAAAGCGAAGGAAAUAGCGAGAGUGGCAAACGACUAUCUUGCUGGCGAAGUGAGGAAGAACCCAACAAGGUUUGGGGCACUGGCAGCACUCUCGAUGCACAACGCGAAGGACGCUGCGGAUGAGCUGAGAAGAGCAGUCAGGGAGCUGGGAAUGUUCGGCGGUCUGGUGAACGACUUCCAAUCACAGGGAGCAGAUGCAGAGGAGAAGGUUUACUUCGACACGCCAGAUUACGAUCCGUUCUGGCAGACCGUUGAAGAGCUGGAUGUGCCGAUAUAUUUCCAUCCUCGAUAUGCAAUCCUGCAGGAUUUGAGGGAAGGCACGAAGUAUGGCGACCGGAAGCAUUUGCUUGGUGCGGGUGUGCAGUUCCAUCUGGAUCUCAGCUGGCACCUGUACGCGAUUUGCUCGUCUGGUAUCUUCGACCGAUUCCCCAAAGUUCAGAUCGUCGCUGGGCAUCUUGGAGAAGGAAUUCCCUUCAACUUGUGGAGAGCAAGCCACUGGAUUAACCAUCCUUUCAAACGCGGCUCGCGGCCAAUGAAAGAAGAUUAUAGUUAUUAUUGGACACACAACGUCAAUAUCACGACCUCUGGUAACUACAACACGAAAGGAUUGAAGUUCUGUAUCGAGGAGAUUGGCCUCGAGCGUUGCCUGUAUGCGAUUGAUACGCCCUACGAGACAGUGGAGGAGGGUCAGCAAUGGUGGAAGUUGGUAGACCUACCAGAAGACCAGAAGGAAGCGGUUGCACGAAAGAAUGCAAUUAGAUUGUUCAAGCUCCCUCUUGAAGAAUGA